AUGUAUUUAUACCUAGUUGGUGGUACUAUUCUUGAAUUAAAUCUGUUAAUGUUUGCGGGUCACUACUACGAAGUAAAUGGCCAUUUAACAAAUAAUCUAAUUGUUUAUGUGAUUUUAUUUACAUUUUUUCUUUGUGAAUAUUUCUGGCAUGAAUACGUUCAUUUGUAUACAUUUGAUUUUGUAGCCGAAGCCGUUGGUUUUAAAUUGACAUGGGGAUGUUUGGUCUUUUAUCCAUUUUUCUACCCGAUUGGAAUUUGGGCCAUAGCAGAACAAAAUAUUCCCUGUCAAAUUCGGUCAAAUUUUGUUCUAUUUAGUGUUGUUGCAUUAUUUGUCAUUGGUUGGUGUUUAUCACGUGGAGCAAACAAUCAAAAGUAUUUAUUUAAAACAAAGCCAAAAGCAAACUAUUUGUUCAACUUAAUUCAACCAAAAACUAUUAAUAAUAAAUUAUUAUGUUCCGGCUUUUGGUCAUUGUCAAGACAUAUUAAUUAUUUGGGUGAUACACUCAUGGCAUGUUCUUUAGCAUUAUUAUGUUUUAUUGAUUGUUCAUCAAAAACAUACUUACCAUGGUUAUAUCCGAUGUACUACGUCCUACUGUUUAUUUUUCGAGAACGAGCAGAUAAUAAAAUAUGUCAAAAAAAAUAUGGAUAUGAUUGGAAAGAAUAUUGUCAAAGAGUGCCAUAUAGAAUUAUACCGUUUAUUUACUAA